AUGGACAGCUCCGUGAUCGUGAUGGACGAUCAGCUUGAUCCUCCGCCGCGAAUCUUCGAGCGCCUGCGCCAGAUCGCUGGCUACACCUGGGACGACACCCAGCGACCUUUCCAUUCCACCUACGAUAACUGGCACGUCUUUGGUACAAGAUUUGUCUCUCCAUACCAAGACUCCAACUCGCAACCGCGUGAUGUCUCGAGUCCUCCGGCCUUUCUACACAAGCUGUCCUCGUCGGGCUCUAUACAGCACAGCGACGGGAGCAGUGACCGAUCCGCCACUUCACCUCCUAUCAUAACUCACGGCGCUUCUGCGGACCUCUCCAACCUCGAGGAACAACAGGUUGUUGCGCGCGUAUCGUACCAUGUCCUCCGCGAAGAGCGAGCUUUCCACACCUGCAAGAAUAUCAUCGCAACAGCCGAUCCGAACGGAGAACACAAUGUGAAGCCAAUCGAUUUGAUCAGACUAGCUUCGCAUCCGGAAGAUCGAGGACCAAUCAUUGUAGUCAUCUACGAGUUUCCAGGCUACAAUUAUCUCUUUCGAGUGUUGGACUUGGGACCGGCCUUUUACUCUGCCAAAAAGGUUGAGAAUAAGUUUGAGCCAGACCAGCAGGAGAACUACGAGCUUGAAAAGCCCAUUAGCUUGCAGCAUUUUCUCGACUUCGCAAUCGGAGCAACACAAUGCCUAGAAAUUCUGCACCACCGACAUGGAUCAGUUCAUGGAGAGAUUCGUGGCGAUGCAUUUCACUUCAACCUUGAAACUAAGAGGGUUAAGUUGUCAUCGUUUGGUUCAGGUGUUCGGUCAUUCGAGCAUGGCUUGACAAGUACAGGAUGGUCAACUUUAUCGCAAGAACUUGGUGCCAAGAACAAGCUGGUCUACAUCUCCCCAGAACAGACUGGCCGUCUGCCGGCUGAGCCAGAUACCAGAACGGACAUUUACUCAUUGGGCGUGCUUUUCUGGCAGCUCCUUACGCAGCAGCCGGUCUUUACAGGCGCCACCCCGCUCGAUAUUGUGCAGUGCGUUCUUGGCCGUCGUAUACCUCUGGUCUCGAAUGUGAGGAUAGACGUCCCCGAGAUUCUUGGUAAAAUCAUUCAAAAGUGCACGUCCAAGAAUAUACAGGAUCGUUACCAUUCCGUAAGCGGCUUGCAAUAUGAUCUUCAAAUGGUACAGAAGUUUCUUGUCGACGGCGACCAGGUGGCCCUGAAAGCAUGGCACAUUGGGUCCAGGGACGUGUCAUCCUUCUUUAUGCUGCCAACCGCCAUGGUGGGCAGGCGUGAGGAACGCGACAGACUGUCCAGAGUGAUAGAAAGAGUAGCAAAAACACAUGAUCUAGUGUCCAGCGCCACCAAUCGAUUCUCAGAGCUCUCUCUAUCCAACGAUAUGCUUGAUACAGCCGACGCAUCCAGCGAAGGCGCGAGCUCCGUUGAAGGCCAGGGCGGUACACGGCGAAGUGGUUCUUUCACGCAAACAGUGAUGCAAGACUCAAGGCUAUCAAGAAGCAGCUUCCAGCCGUCGCUCAAUGGCACAGACGAGCUGACCAUUUCUGGGGAGACUGUAUCUUCCGGAAAUUCCGGACCACGACUGACGAGGCCUUGGGAGCGCAACCACUCCGUCUCCCUAGAGACCAGGAGUCUUGUAGAUGGAUUCAGUGAACGCCAGCCGUCGCGGCAUAGCGCUAUAGAGAGUACAGGUAGUAGCCUGUCUCGACAGCUAGGUUCGGCCAGAUUUCGCAGGCGGGGCCACUGUGAGGUCGUCACCAUCGAAGGCGCGGGAGGGCUUGGCAAAAGCUUCCUGGUCCAACAAGUGCUGGCUGAUGCCAGACGCCGAGGCUUCUGUGCCACUUCCAAGUUUGACACUGCACGGCGUUAUGCUUUUGCUCCUCUGCUGAAGCUGCUAUCCUCUUUGAUCAAGCAAGCUUGGGGCGAGAGGAACACGGAGACGCCUUUCCACUCGGCACUCAAGGAUUAUCUACGUCCAGUAUGGCCAGUAUUGCACAAAACGCUCGGGCUUCCAGAGUUUCUUCUUGGUCCUCGUGAUGGAACCACUGCUACUGUUGUUCGAUCAGCUUCCUCGGCCCAAAGUCCAGCCAAGGGGCAGGGCGUACGUUCGUCGAUCCGUAGACGGGGCUCGUCUCCUGGAAGCUCCCCCAGCGGUUUAUUGUAUCCAAACAGCCCCCGGAUCUCUUCUCAGAGUUCUCAAGAUUUCUUGAGAUCGGGAGGCACAACGAAAACGAUACGGCUCAUGAACACUUUCCUUGAUAUCUUGAGGAUAUUCAGCUCCUACCACUUCAUUUGCUUUUGCCUUGAUGAUCUUCAUUUUGCGGAUUCCGAGAGCCUUGAGCUCAUAACACAGAUGAUUGCGGCUCGGCUCAAAAUGGUUCUCAUCAUAACGUUUCGGCCUGAUGAGAUGCCACAAGAACAGGUACAGCGUAUUCUUCAACCAGCUGAUAGUGAAGAGCACUCGAUAAUGAGCGCGCCCCGGAUUACGCGAAUCAUCCUAUCGCCGUUGAAUGAACCUGAAGUUCUCCAGUUCGUGGCAUCGACGUUGUGCAGACCUCCUGAAGAGGUGGCCCCCCUCGCUUUGGUGAUCCAGUCCAAGACAGCUGGCAACCCUUUCUACAUGCGGGAAAUGCUCCAGGCUUGUUACAGAUCGAAAUGCAUAUGGUACGAUCAUCGCGAAACCCGUUGGUGCUAUGACUUGGACAUGCUUUUUGAGCAAUUCAAAGGCGAGCAUGGCUACGAUGUCCUAGACAACGACUUCAUCACACGCCGACUUGGCGAACUGCCCUCGACAACUCGCUCGAUACUUGCCUGGGCUUCCCUGAUUGGCAAUUCUUUCUCCUUCGACCUCAUAUGUCAGCUUCUCAAUGGGGAAUUUGACUUUGUGGAUGACACCACAUGCGAGGAUCAGACACUGCUUCCAAGUAAAUACUCCAAAGCAGAUGCCAUCGCAGGUCUUCAAGCUGCUAUAAAUGCUUGCAUUCUCGUUCAGGGCGAUUCAGACGAGAGAUUCCGCUUUGCACAUGAUAGAUACGUCCAAGCUGCAUCCUCUUUGAAGGAAUGCAACGUACGCAAACAGCAUUUCAUCAUUGCACAAACACUUCUCAAGUACCAUGGUUCUGAAUUGAGAUGGCAAGAGAACAUUGCGGCACAUAUCUGCGAGUCGGUUGAUCUAGUCAAACACCGGAUACACAUUCGCGGGCAAUUUCGCAAGCAUUUGAUGAGCUGCGCCGUGACGUCUGUCGAGAACGGUGCUCGGCCGACAGCUGCAAAGUACUACUCAGCAGCCGUGAAGCUCUUGCAACCGGAGCCGUGGGUCGAUGGCGAAGACAGCUCCUACCAAGAGACAUUGGACCUCUACAUACGAGCUGCCGAAUGCAGCGUCUUCAUGAGUGACAGCCACCCUGCAUAUACCUAUGUCAACACCAUUUUUGAGAAGGCGAAAUCGCCUGACGACAUGGCGCCUGCUUGGCUGAUGAAAUCACGCAUCGAAGCUCAAGGUGGCGACUCUGUGGCGGCAUUAAAUACACUCAAAGAAAGCUUGACUCACCUCAACGUCGACUUCGAUGCUUGCCCUACUUUUGCAAAGUGCGAUGCCGAGUUCAGAAGGCUUUCUUCCAAGGUCAUGUCAAUGGAUCGAUCUGAAAUCAUGGGUCUGCAGACCAUUGAUCCGCAAAUGGUGGCUGUCGGCGCUAUUCUGGCAGACGCCUGUAGCGCUGCAUUUUGGAGUGACGUCCUUGACUUUUUCAACCUCUCACUCACAAUGCUGCGUAUUCAUCUCGAGAAGGGAUCCUUCCCACAGUCAGGCAUGGCUCUGUUGCACAUUGCCUUUAUAGCCAUCGCCCGCUUCAACUUGAUCGAGUUUGGGUCAGAAAUGGGGACCAUGUCUCUAGAACUGUUUGGCCGUCUGCGCGACCCAUUCUCAUCAGCUCGCGGCUACAUGAUCUAUGCCAAUUUUAUCAGUCAUGUGCAAGUUCCCAUCAACCUCGCCAUCAGCCAAUUCGAGCAAGUGGUAGAGUACGCCGCUAGCGCCAGUGAUCGUAUAUCCGUUAUCCUCAGCUUUGGCUUGUCUGCGCAGAUGCGAUUCUUUGCCAGUGAGAACUAUGCAGAUCUCGAGGCUAUCUGUCAAUAUUGCUGUGAAGAGGUUCAAGGAUGGGCCUCUGACACUCGUGGUGGAACCUUCUUGGUCUCAGUUCUGCAGGUCUCUCGGGCGCUCCAAGGCAAGACCCAUCAUUGGGAUCCGAUGGAGGUGUUGACUGAUGACCACCACUCGACUUCGGGCUAUAAACAGUGGCUUAGCCGAACCACACAUAACGGAGCUCGAUCCUUGUUGGUAUAUGAGACUAUGGAGAUUAUACCACUCUACCUCUUUGGCCAUUACGAGAAGGCCUGCGAGGUUGGACAAAGGUGCAUUGACAACAUGCAAAGAAUCUGGUCUGCAAGGAAUACCAGAGCCGCUAUGCUGUUUUAUGGCUUGUCCCUCGCUGGCCUUCUGUUCCGAAAGCUGAAUGACCCACGAAACAAGGGCCAAGACAUGUCAAGCGAGAUCGAGGCCACUGUACUUGUCCUAGACGACUUCAACAACAAGAUCAAAGAUUGGCAAGUGGUGUCAGACGUCAACUAUCUCGCAUGGACGAAAUGGCUCGAUGCCCAGAUUGCCGAGCUCCGCGACGAUCACGGUUUUGCCAUCCAGCAAUACGAAACAGCACUGGAUCACGCCUCCGAACACAGCUUCACAUUUGAGGAGGCUCUGGGCAAUUUCCUCAUGGCUGGCUUCUUUAUCCGCAAAGCUGCCAGAAGAUCUGCUCGGGCGGUCCUACGGGAGUCCAUUGGACUCUGGCAACAGCUUGGUGCGGCUGGAAUGGCUCGCCGGAUCGAAGAAGAGCACUCACUACUGUUGCAUGGCCCUACGGCAAAUACUCGAGCAGUAGAGGUUGGUGUGCAAACCGACUUCACAACUGAGAUGUCCUAUGGCGAGGGAGAAGAACUGGGCCAACCUGGUGCUCAGGUAUCGACAUCCGAACUUCAGCACACUCGAAUGGCUGCGUGGCGGGGUUCGAUACCACAGUCAGGGGCAGGACUCCCGGCCCUUGACAUGAUUGAUUUGCAUGCUAUUUUGGUAUCGUCUCAAGUGAUAUCUUCUGUACUGCAGGUCGACGUAUUACUGAAAACCAUGUGCGAUGUUGUUCUCCAAACGUGUGGCGGAUCUGCGACACAGGCUGCCAUUAUUGUGCAGGAUCAGGAGCUAGGGGAUGAUACUUAUUGUAUCGCCGCCAGUGGAGAGCCUGAACGAGGCGCGGUUUCUUAUCCUCCACCGGGAAAGCCCCUAGCUGGUACCUCGCUUGUGGCUGAGAAUGUGAUUCACUACUGUGUCAGGUUCCAAGUGACUGAAGCCAUAUUCAUUCCUGACCUGAUCCAAGAUGAGCGUUUUGGAAAUGUAAGCGAAAGCUGGCUGCGGCGCAACCCUCUCAGCAAGACGGUCAUCGCCUUGCCCAUCAGAUAUGGCUCGAGACCUUUGCUUGGUGUACUGUAUCUCGAGGGCGAGCCGGGGACAUUCACAACCAGGCAUUUGACUGUGCUGCAGUUGCUCGUUCAACAGAUUGGUAUCAGUUAUUCAAACGCUCUUUCUAUGAGAAGCAUAGAAAAGGUUUCCGCGGAGAACGAAGCCAUGAUCAAGAUGCAAAAAGAGGCACUUGCUGCAGCCAAGGCAGCCGAGCUCAAGGCAAAACAGGCCGAGGCCGAAGCAUUACGCAACGUCAAGAUCGCCGAGGAGGCAGCCAAAGCAAAAAGCGUGUUCCUGGCCAACGUGUCUCACGAGCUGCGAACGCCUCUCAAUGGUGUUAUCGGUAAUUCGGAACUGCUCAGAGAUAGCAAUCUCAACAAGGACCAGCUGGAGAUGGCUGACUCGAUCCGGGUGUCAGCGGAUCUCCUACUAACAGUCAUCAACGACAUUCUUGACUUCUCCAAGAUGGAGGCAGACAAGAUGAAACUAUACAUCAUUGCGUUCAAUCCCGAGGAGAUGGUUCGCGAGGUGGUACGAGCAGUAUCCUACAGUAACCGAGAGAAGACGUCGAAGAAGAAUGUCAAGAUUAUCCAGGACAUUCAUCUACCCCCAAUGCUCAUCUACGGAGAUCCAAUUCGAUUACACCAGGUACUGGGAAAUCUCAUUGGAAACAGUCUCAAAUUCACAGAAGAUGGUUCCAUCACAAUAGGAGCGCGUAUCGAUUCAGAGAACGAGGAGCACGCCAAGCUGACUUUCUGGGUUCGCGAUACUGGAAUCGGUAUUCCUCAGCAGCAGUUGACGAAACUUUUCAAACCCUUUAGUCAAGCAGAUGCCAGCACAGCUCGCAAAUAUGGAGGCAGUGGCUUGGGUCUGAGCAUUUGCAAGUCCUUGAUCGAAACAAUGAUGAAGGGACGCAUCGAGCUGGAGAGCGAAGAGAACGUUGGAACAACGGCUUGGUUCAGUGUCACCUUUGACAAGGCAAAGCCCGAGGUUUCCGCCGGCGAUGUUCAACAGGUACAUAUGCCGCAAAUUGUCGACAAGCAACAAGCAACUCGUGAAGCCCCACGUAGGGCAUCGAUCAAUCCUUUCCCGGACCUGACGCAAAUCCCCAAGGACCAGCUACGUAUAUGCAUAGCUGAGGAUAACUUGAUCAAUCAGCGAAUCGCUAUCCAAUACGUCCGAAAAUUGGGCUACACCAAGGUCGAUGCAUACGAGAAUGGAUUGAAAGCGGUGGAGGGCUUACGUGAACAAGCAAGCAAAGGAAACCCAUACCACAUUGUCCUGAUGGACGUGCAGAUGCCGAUCCUCGAUGGGUACGAGGCCACAAAGCUUUUGAGAAAGGAUGCAAUAGAGGCAGUGAAGAAGGUGUUGGUCAUUGCCAUGACGGCUUCAGCCAUUCAAGGCGACCGGGAAAAGUGUUUGGCUGCUGGCAUGAAUGAUUACUUGGCUAAGCCGGUCAAGGCCGACUUGCUUAAACGGAAACUCGACACGUACACGACAAUGCAUUUACCGCCGAGCCCACCGCCCAGAGGGUCUCCAGUGUCGAUGGCUUCCGGUGCUAGGACCGGGUCGUCCAGUGACAUCACUGUGCCGUCGCCAGCGCCAUCAGCUAGUCCAGCUACUGUCGCAGACCAUGUUCCCAGACCUGGACCGACACCGACGAGCAAUACAAAUUUGCCGUCUGGGCAACCGCCUCCGCAGGUUCCUAGCCGCCUUUCUAGCGAUAAUCAUUCAUCUGUCUUCGACAUGGCAUCGAUUGCCGAGACAACAACCAAUUCAACAGUCUCAUCAAAGGACAUGAAGCGGCAACCAAAGAAGCUCACCAAACUUCGCAACAAUAGCGAUAAAACUGACAAGUCGGAGAAACCCAAGGCGGUUCUUAGGAAGCCAUUGCCAUCAAGCACAACAUCUCUGAGCGAACAAUUGGCUACUGAGGGCCAUGAUGGGCACUCCGGCGAUGGACAAGGGAGACCAGCCAGUCUCCACAGCACGAGCAGUCUUGCAAGCAAAGAAGCUGCUCCAAAAUAG